AGUAAAACUGUAGCAGCAAAGUCCCUGAGUGUAUUUAAUUGGGCAAGGUAGUGUUUUAUUUCUCAUGAGUUUGAAAUAUUGUUUGAAAGAGAAAGAAUGUGUUAUUUCUUUCUUUCAAAAUUGUGUCACUUAAUAUGCAGCUUUCUAAUUAGCAACUAAAAGGGGUACACCCACAGAUUAAUAUGUCAACUCCAUAAAAUUAUGGGACUUGCAAAAGACCAAUUUUAAAAAGAAUCGUCAAAAUGGAUGCAGUAAAGGCCAAGGUAUUGCAUUUUUUAAAAGACCUGCAGACCCUAUUAUGUGUAAAUUCCCAUAUGCAUGUCAUCAUCACGGGUAUUUUCUCAGAGAGGAUUAAACUCACCAUUAUGUGUAAAAAGAGAGGUGGAGUUCCCCUUAAAAAAAAGCUGAUUUUUGUUUUCUUUAAGGCUUGUCACAAAUAUUCAAGUGCAGGAUAAUGUUGUAACUUCUAAGAAUACAAGGUAUACUUAUAUUAAUAAUGUGGAUCCUGAUGUGGGCUUGGAAGACUGAAGGGACACAGUCACACUAAACAUCUUAGAACUGUAGAUGACUGUAACAUAAAAGGUUUACUACAAACCAAAUUAAGGUUUUCAUCCACACAAUAUAUCUGACACAUCAAAAAUCAACCCAUAUGCCUGGUACUUAGUCAAGUACCAGGCAUAUGGGUUCAUUAAAGUAGUGGAAUCGGAGCAUUAGCAUAAGAAAGUAGAGCUUUUGAAGAGCUUUAGCAUUAUUUGGAAGGUGCUGAGAGUGUAAACAGACAACUGCCUCUCUGUCCUGCAGUCUCACACAACAAUCCAGCUCUGUUGUAGCCAGAGGUUUUGUAAGAGCCCCUUCUUUGUGUGUGUGGCCCUGCCCCACUCACAGGACUUUAACUGUGACAUACUCUCAGUACAUCUGCGGGGCCCCUCUUGAUGACAUGGCCAGACACAUUCUCAAGUCUGCCCUCUGCCAGGAAUACAUCAGAGCAUUGUUCGAGAAAAUCACAAGGGUGUCAAGGGCUAACACACCCACAUCAAAUGCAGUCUGUUAGCAACAAUACGGCAAACCUAACAACAACCCUUACUCUCACUGUUAUGGCGUUUUUGGCUAUCCUGAGAAAUGCCGCUUUGCAGCCUCACCAGUCUUGAGGUAUCUCCUUUUCAAUGUCAGUUUCAUGUGAAAUCAGUUAUUUUCUUGACAGUCGUAACAGUAGGAGGAGCGGGAAGUAGUGUCACCAGAGAUGCUGUCUCCACCCCGGAAACUUUGCCUUCUGAACGAACCACAAACAACAACAUUAGCACCAGCAACCCAGUCAAUGUCAACCCCAGCCCAUCAGAAAUGAAGACUUCAACAGCUCCCAAUGAGGGAACAACGAAACCAAUAACAGAGUUCAAACCCACUUCAGCAACGUCAGUGACAACCUCCCCAUCCACAACUGUGAAAACCACCAAAAACGGAAACUAUCAAGAAGUUGCCUGGGAUCCGAAGUGGGAAAAAGAUUUCAUCUAUGAUUAUGAGGCCCUGCGCUAUGCUGGACUAACCAUUGCAGCAGUGCUUUUCAUGGUGGGAAUCAUGGUCAUUGGCUGUGGCCGGGCCUGUCGGCUGGCCAGAUGUCACAAAAGGUCACCAAAAUCAUAUUGAGUGGUCCAAGGAUAGUGACAGAGAGCAUCCAACCAACCGGGACUCCAGCAAGAGAAAAAAAAUCACUAUUUGUGUGAAUGUAGAUUGACUGACUGUAUGCUGCUUGUUAACAGUGUCAUAGAAAAACACUCAAUAAACAUAGAAAACAUGAAUUAUGCUGACAAGUGGAAAAAAGGAACCAUCACCCGCUUAAUCUUUGUCUAACAUCAUUUCUAUACCUGGCAGAACUGCACUGAAAAGUGAUUAUUUGUCUUUGCAAAUAAUGAGGACAUGUUUCAUAUUUUAAUCACACCUUCAACCAUGAAGCAGGCUUGUAUCUAAUGACCUUUUAUCUUAUAACUGAUAACACAGCCAUAGGCAGUGUCUCACAGCCAGGAUUAUUAUUAAAGGUUGUGAAGAAUAACCCCAUAAUAUCCCAUAUUUGAAAAUCUCGUACAACACCAAGACUGAACCUGGGUCACUUCCUCCUCCUGAUAAAUACUACACGCUUUUUACACUUUCAAUCUCAACAAAAACGUGAUAUUUAGUAAGGCGUGUCUAAGCCUCUUAGUGGCUCUAUGCUUAUAAGUGAGUAAAGCCCUAGAUUCAACAAGAUCCACUGGCGCAUUAUCUUUGCAUUCAUGUGGCAUCAAAUGAUGCAGACAAUAAACUGUGAAAAAAACCAAGCAUUCUAUAUCAGAUUUAAAGUCAAAAGGAACACAGAGUUCAGCAUGCCUAUAUGAUAUACAAUAGUAUUCACUGUUCUAAUUGCUAUCAGAACAAAAUCAAGGAGAGAGCAGAUGUACAAACAGAAUUUAUUCAUGAUUUGAUAUGACUGCAAUUGUCUUCUCAGGAGCUAGAGAUGGUUAUGUAUAUAUACUUCUUAAAUAUUUAUAUAAUGAAAAACAUCUGAAUGUCAUCGCCACAAAUAAUAGGUAGAGUAUGGGUUCAUCUGGAUACACAAGAGAUACAAACAUGUAUUUAACAUUAAGUCCAAAUUAACUUUUUUUGCUGCAAUAUGAUACUAAAAUACAUUAAUACAUCAUUUUACAUAAAAAAGCUUUUGGAAUUUUUUUUACACAGAAUUUAUAAUUGAACAAUGGAGAGAAGACAUCACCCCUUAACAACAAAUAUAUAAAAGGACCAUUUGGCCAAAUAUAAAACAUUUCCAUUAAGAGACACAAUGAAAAUAUUUAGGUCAGUAAAUACAUACAAUAUAUUAAUAGCUAGAAUAACUGGAUAAGGUCUGACAAUGGCUUUAGAGCGGUGGUUCUGAAAGCUGUAUACUGUGCAACUUCAGCAAUCACUACUUCGCUACUCGAGAAGACACAAGCAAUGGAGAAAACAUUUUGUACAUGCACAUUUAGAAAAACAAACAAACUGCAAAGCGAGAAAACAACCAGAUACAAAAACGUGCUGAAAAGAACAGAAAACGAAAUACAAGAAUGUUGCGUGUGUGCGUGUGGCCCUACCUCCGUGAGUAUGUGUGCGCCUCUGUGUCUGUCAGCGGCUAAUCUUGGAUCUGGGGCAGCAAACUGCAUUAUAUUUUGGUUUCCCAGUUGAAGGUCAAUCACACGGUCUCAAAACAACUUUUAUUCCCUGUUUUAUACUGCCACUGACUGCCUGCUGACUCCUGACUCAAUACUCUUAACCAGACCCCGAAUGAUGGGGGCCGCUAGUGAUAGCACAGCUGAGUGCAUCACAGACCCCAGAGCUACGCUGUGCCUAGAGACACAGUGUAGGGAAAUAGGUCGCACACUUUGUUGUAUUGGACGGUGUGUUGGAUAACAGCUAACGAAACUACGAGUACACACUGCUGAGUGCAUCACUGCAACUCAGCUACUGCUACACGGGCUAAGAAUGUUUGUGAGUUUAAAUUCAGUUUUUUGCAAGAUUGUAUGAUGUGUCUUAUAUGAUGACAUCAAGCAAACUGCUUGCAUAUAUUGCCACUUAUUUUUGAGUUUUAAUGAAAUGUGUUUAACAACGCUAAACAGCCCUUAUGUGUCUAGACUGCAGGUUAGCCAAUAGUGGGUUGUAUUAAUUCAAUCACACGUUGGUCAUUGCAGACACGCCUGAUGGAGAUCUGCACCCUUUAUAGUUAGUAUUUGGUUGUGUUUUCGGUAUUUGCCACAUUUUUUCUAAAUGCCGUUCACAUUGAUGAAGAUGUUUUCUUCAUUUGCUUGAGUUUUGUUUAUUACCUUGUGUGUUCUGAAGCUGUAGUACAUAGAGAUUUUAGGGACACUGUACUAAAAUAAUCAGCCAGUUUAAAAAAAUAAUAAAAAAGCGUAACCUCAAUCUUAACAUACAUUGCAUUGACAAAAAGAACAAAAGCUCAACAUCUACCAUGAGUAGUGUCACAGCAGAGAGGCUAUACAGAAAGGAAUAACUGAGUUAAGUUUGGUCACAUGCUGGGAGCAGGCUGGAACAACUACUGCAUUGCUCUGCAGUGUGUUUGCUUUCUCUAAUUUGGCAAAAAAAAAAAAAAAAAAAAAUCAUUGAAAGAGAAACACUGCUAAAAUGUUAAAUUGUGGUUUGUUUGUCCAACAGAAAAAGUGGAUAUGACUAAAAACAUAAAAACAUGACAUUAAAAAUUGUUUUGUACUGCGAUUUUUGUCCAAUUGUACUCCCUUUGAAAUGUUGACAGAUAUUGAAGGCUUAUUGGGCAAUGCUAUGAUUUUUAGAAAUAACACAAACUGUACACACAGUGCUCAACUACGAACAGUAAAACAAAUGCACAAACAAUAAUCACAUCUGCCAAUUUGUUUGUAUUUAAUAUACCGGGAUGCAUCAUUUUUAAGGCAACGCCUCAGCACAAAUCUAUAGCUACUGUACACCCUGAAGAGGACGUGACUGCAGAAUUGUUUUUGCUCACAAGUCUGCAAGAUUUAGUGGCAGCAAAGUGAGAUCCUGCUUUGACAAAUCCAGUGUUUAACCCCAUGUAGCCAUUCCCUGUGUUCCUUUCUCCAUUAAAAGUGUCCUCAUCAAGCCACCAAUGAAAUACUGUCAUGUCAAACAGGAGCAGGUCCCAUUCCCCUUUAACAUUUACCACAGAAAGUUUCCUUCUCCAAUUUGGAAGCAAUAAGGCAACCAGUGCCUCAGGUUCCUG